GCUGAGCGACGGCUCAGCUGUCCAAUGGUUUGUACAGUAGCAGCCUGCGGCUGGGCGCGCAGGGCAGGCUGCAGGAAAGAAGUGUGAACUGGAGCCAGCGGAGGGUGCGUGAUGCCUGGAGAGCAGUGGCAGACAUGAAAGUGCCGCAGCCGCGCUGCACUUGUGCAUAUAAAGAGGCCGGGGCCGGGAGGCAUGCAGACUGUACUGCUAGCUUUGCAGGCAGAGCAGAUGAGUCAGGGAUACAAUUCCCUGAUCUACACUACUGAUCUCCUGUCCGGGAUUAUUAGAGGCGGAGCCAGACCCUUUUAGCCACUGUUUUGCUUUAAUCGUGGUUGGCCUCUCCCCUGGGACCAGCCAUCAGAGCGGAGCUCCUUUCAGGCUGGCCCCUAUUCUCCUGUCUACCGAUAUACUCCCUCCUAUAGCACUGGUCUCCCCUCUCCUGCCGGCUGGCUCAGUGACAGUGUUCAUCCUGCUUCUUAUCUGCUCCACCCUUUCAUAAAUCAGGAAUCUUCCGAACCAAUAGAUCUCCUACAUGAAUUGUGAAUACCGACUGAAGACCCUGCCUGGGGAGGAUCCAUUUCUUAAGAGGUUCCCCGUUGCAGUGAAACCACUAUAUACAGUAGGUUCCAAUCCUGAGGACAGAACGGGGCUUCCAGGAACCUCCAUGAAAUGCUUAUCAACAUGAACAUGGGAUCAAAAGAGAGCAACAGUGUUUGUGACCAGUCUCCUGUCCAGUACAAUGACUUCACCAAUUCAGAGAAAUUCAGUUCUUCUGAAAUUCCAGCACCCCCUCCUCCACCACCUCCAGUCAUAGCACUCACUGAACCCCCUAGUGGUCUGCUGCAGAAAUGUAACUCAAAGCAGCGAUUACGCUUAAGGAACUUUAACUGGGAGGCUAUUCCACCAGAGAAAGUUAAGGGUCGAUGCAGUCUGUGGAGUUUGGAAACUUCGCAGGGAGAUCUGCAGAUUGACACUAGAACGAUGGAGGAGCUAUUUGGAAAGCGGGAAGAAGUCCAGCAAAGACAUUGUAGUCCACGUCGGUCUAUUUCAUUAGGAGAUGCCCAUAUGACUAAGGUUUUUUUGCUUGAUUCAAGGAAAAACAUGAAUAUUGGCAUCUUCCUCAAACAGUGUAAAAGAUCAGCUGAACAGAUUAUUGAAGAUAUAAAAUUUGGGAAUGGAGAUAUGUACAGCUCAGAGAGAUUACAUGAACUGUUGAAGCACCUACCAGACAGAGAAGAGGUACAACGUCUGAAAUCAUUUCAGGGCGACAAAGACAGGUUGAGUGAAGUAGAUCUGUUCAUGUUACUUCUGUUGGAUCUUCCAAGCUACUGCUUGCAUCUGGAAGCACUGAUUCUCAAGAAAGAUUUCCAUCCGGCUGUCCUAUCCCAACUCUCAGCAGCGAGAGAACUGAAAGCAGCUGCAGAAGAGCUGCUGCAAUGCACAGAACUACACUUUAUCCUGAAGCUGGUGCUGAAGGCUGGCAACUUCAUGAAUGCUGGUGGCUAUGCUGGGAUUGCAGCUGGUUUUCGUAUGUCAUCUCUAAACAAACUUGCUGACACAAAAGCCAACAAACCUGGGAUGAAUCUCUUACACUUUGUCGUGAUGGAAGUAGAAAAAAAGGAUCCAAGAGUUCUCUUAUUUGCAGACAGAUUAAAGCAUGUGCACAGUGCCAGCAGACUGUCUGAAGAUGGCUUGGUGGAGGAGUUGUACAGGCUGCAGACUCGGGUAAAAGGAAUGUAUCAAACGUUGGCUGCUGCACCACCGCAGCAAAAGCUUAGGCAACAAAUGCAUGAAUUUCUGGAGUAUGCCAAUGAAAAGCUAAAAGAAGUAAAGAAAGAGAUUGAUGCUCUGCAAAGUUCCAGGCAACACCUGCUUGAAUUUUUUUGUGAAGAUGAAGAUACUUUCCGCUUGGAGGAAUGCUGUAAAAUAUUUAGCUGCUUUUGUCAGAAAUUUCAGCUAGCAAUAAAGGAGAAUAAAGAUCGGGAAGUUGAAGAGCAGCGACGGCAAGAUUUUGAGAAGAGACGUUUACAGAAGAGACACUCCAUGGCCACAUGUGGUGCUGUAGAAGCUUACCAGGCAAAGGAUGAACUUGAAAUGACUUUAGAGAGGAACCUACGUAACACACGCAGGCCAUUGGGUGUGCGUGUGUGUAGGAUGCGAUCUUUGGGGACAAGUAGUACCACCUCCUCAAUACCUUGUAGAGUUCAGAGAAAGAAAAUCCAGGACUAUUGUGACCAGAAGAAUGCUGACCAGAUGAGAGAGGUGUCUGAGCGUGUUCUAAGGCAGCAGAUGGAAUAUAAAAAUUGUAACAACAUUUACACUGGCAAUAAAAGUAGCUUUUAUCCAGUAACGCACAUUGGUACCCCUUGUCAGUCAGUAUCCAAAGCCAACUUUCAAGCACCUGCUCAGUCACCUAAGGAUGGGAGGGAGAUUUUCCAACUGUUAGUUGGGAUACCUGAAUCUUAUGCAUCGGAACAAGAACUAACUCAACCUGUAUAUUCAGACCAGCGGCAAUCGCUACCCGAGUUAUUCGAUAAUUCAUUACAAGAGUCUGAUUUAAAGUGUUGUACACAUCCAUUCACCAAGACUGAAGUAGAUAUACUCACUCAAACAGGUGAACAACCUCUGUUAUUGGGUCAGUUAUUGGACCAUCUAGAAACGGAAACUUCAGGACAAUCCAAACUAUUGUAUGUUAAAGAAAUGCCCAGACAAUCAAUGUCCAAUCAGUCACUAGACCAGCUAAUACCUGAGACGUCAAGACAAUCAAAAUCAUUAGAUGGAGCCGAGAUCCAUGGACAGUCAGCUCCUCAAUGUAUAUGUCAGUUUCCCAAGGAAUCACUUGCUCAGUCUGGACCAAAAGCCAUUAGUCAAUUAAUAUUUCAAACUGAAGCUGAAAUACCUUUUCCAAUGUCUUUACCAUUUGCAACGAUACCCGUCAAACAUCUAUUGUUAACAGGGCCCAGGCAUAACAAGUUUAGUCAGUUCCCUUCUGAAUCAAGCUAUGUAAUCCCACAAGACUCAAUAGCCAAAUAUGGACUUGAAACUCUGUGCCAAGUACCAGAGACUCAAUCUAAGUUUACUCAGUAUUCACUGUGUCAUCCUGGAUCCGAGACUUACAAACCAAUACCAGCACAUUCUGAUCCUGAGGAACAAACUCAAUCUGAUCCUCAGUUGUCACUUACAUCACAACAUGAAUCACAAUGUCAGCCAGCAACAGAUAUAUUAACUAAACCAUUAGAACAUUCUAAAGCUCAGACUUCUAAACAAUUAGCAGGAAAGCUCAAAGAUGAUAAUAUAAAAGAAAAACAUAUUGGAACUGAGACUCAUAUAUGCAAGACUAAUAAACAGGCACUCUUACAAUCUGGAUCUGAAGAUUCUAUACAGUUAGUAUCUCAAACUGAACUAGAGAUUUUAACUUGGCUUCCUGUAGUCCAGCAUAGACCUGAAACUUCCAUAGAGAUUUUACAACCAAAUAAAUUAGAAAAUGGUCAGCAAACAUUAGCCCCGAUUGAACCAGUUUCUCUCUCCCAGACAUUAGAUCCAAUGGAACCUGAGACUUUGUCAAAUGCAUUGGUCCAUCCUCAACCUGAAACUGUCAAACAGUCUGGAUCACCUAGACAAUCAUUUUCCCAGUCUACCGUUAAGAAUCCUAAACACUCGUUACCCCAUUCUACCACUAAGACAUUUAAACAAACACUUACAAAAUCUACAGUGAAGAACAACAGACAGUCACUAGCUUCGUCUGGGUGUCAGGUGUCUAAUCCAUCAUUAAUCCAGUCAAGAUCUGAAACCUCCAACCAAAUUCAAAUUCUUUCUGGAUCUGAAACUCUCAGACAUUCAUUGGCCCAGCCUGGUUGUUUUAUGACCAGGAUAAAACUUGUAGAACCUCUGGCUGUCAAACAACAAAUUACAAUUAAAGAAAUAAAUGGUCUGAGCCCGCCAACACAAGAGAAGUUUGUAGACCCAUUAAACGAGACAUCAAGAGGGCAACAACCGCGGAACGUGGGAUACAAUUUAUAUGCAAAGGGAUCUAGAGAUGUACAUGCUGUGGUACACAGGGAAACUGUGAGUCCUUGCUCUAAGUGGAAGAGGGAGUUAGAAAACACUUCAGAGAGAGGAGACAGUGGUAGGGUAGAGGCAAAGAUAGAAAACAGCAGUGUGAGAAAUGAUAGGAACAGUUCUGAGCACAAGAGCGGGGAACACAAGAGUGGAGAUAAUCUAAAAUAUGCUAUAGUUGGUAGAAAUGGAAGCAGCAUCCCAAAGAAACCAAAAAGCAAUGAAAUGGGAAAUAGGAGAGUCUCAUUAUCCAAAGAUGUAGCCCCAAGAUCCACAAGUCCAUCUGUUAUAAAACAACAUAUUUCCAGCAGCAGGCAGGUACAAAAAGAGAUCAGAGACAACAAGAUUGCUCAGAAAGGAAGUGUGCACUGUGCUGGGUCAAUUAAACCAACCUCAGGCAAAGCAGUGGGGGGUUUCAAAGAGAAAAAGGAGAGUCCCAAUGCUAAUAGUAGUGAAUUUAGUAAAUCUGAAAGCAAAUGCAGCCCCUUGGUCACUUCUAAAUAUUGUAUCGCCUCUCCACUAAGGGAUCCAGAAAGCCCCAGGCAUGUUAAAGAGCAUACGAAAGAGACAGCCUUGACAUCAAAGAUGUCAACUAAGAAAUCCAAUUCUGUAGCUAGAGUGGCCAUUCAUGUUAUUAAACAUUGUGAGGUCAACUCAACCCUUACUCGGGGGUCAAGAAGCCCAUACCUAGACUCACACCCAAUAUGGAGGUGAGUAGCAGAGUGAGAAAUAAUGUCUGAAAUAGGUAGUACGGUACACAACAAAGUCCAUAGCUUGUUGUGGUGUUAGAGCACCUAGUUGAAGCAGAGAGAAAGCCGCUCUACAUAAGUCACAGUAUGUGCAAAUCUCCAGGAAGUGAAGUGUCUCAGUUUGAGAAAGAAGUGUAAAAUGUUGUGGCAUAGCAGAACUUGACAGUCUACAUCUAGUAGCUGAUGGAGCUGCACAUUUCCAGCAUGCUCUAUACUACAGCAUGGGUCAGAGGAACUAACUAUGAGGAAGAGAUCAUUAUUGUAUAUUGUUCUGAAACAACCUAGCCCUGCAAUCUGGUACAUUGUAAAUGACUGAAAAUGUUUCUUUACAUUUGUAUCUGUCAUUUUUGCAAAAAUAACAGACUAAAAUAUGGGCUUGGACUAUUAUUUGUUUUCCUUUUAUUAUCCAAUGUACAACUUAUUUAUUUUCAUCAGCCCGGAGGAUUAACCAGAAAUGUUGUCUCCAUUUUUAACAUUUUUGGGUCUAUUUUCAUCUGUAUCUCUGGGGCAAAUGUGUUCCACAAUGCUAGUGUAAAGCCGCCUACACACGGUGCAAUGCAGGCUAACAGACGAUAUUGACUAUAUUGUGAUCCUGCGAGACCGCGCAUCGGCAUCACAAGGUGUAUACACACAUGGUGCGAUAUGCACUAUGUUUUUUACCGAUAUGAACUAUAUAGUCCAUAGCUGUAGUUAUAUUGCACCGUGUGUAUGCGGCUUAAGAUCUUAUCAUAGUAGUGACUAUUUUUCUAGAGUGUCACCAUUGUUUACCUUUCACCAAUGUAUGUGUCUGUGUUUUCUAAGCAACGUCCUUUCUGAUAAAUCAUAAUUGCAAGGCUUGCUGAUGUUUGUAAGAUACUUUAUUACAUAGGUUACUGACACAAAUGUUGUAUUGCUGUGUAUAAAAUGAUGUGCUACGGCGGUUUUCUGUAUUGUAUGGUACUCUCUUUAUCAUGUGUCAAGUGAUUUAUUUAUGGAAGUGGAUAUUUUCGUUUAGUUUAUGGAUUAUACUUUUGAGUUUCUAAACUUUUCUUUAAUAAAUAUUCAGCUCUCAUAAGAAAAUAAGCUCUGAAAAAUGUAAUAAGAAAUGACCCUAUAAAACAGGAUGGUGUAUAGGAGUCAUCCUCCAGUAUUGUCUGCGAUCACUAGGGACUCCAAUCCCAGAAUCAUUUUGAAAAUCUUUGUAUUUUGGGUUUACCGGUAUCCAGUCUCAUGAUCCCAAAAUUGUGAAUAAAGGACA